GUUAGCUACCUGCAAUGCCAUUUCCGUUUCUGUGCUCUAUCAUGUUCCUGGGGCAGAGAGAGGAGUAACCCAUUUCUUCCCAAGUCUGAGAAAAAAUUGAACUUUCAGAGAGGAUGAAGAAAGCCAAACUGUCGACAAGGAGGCCAAGAAGCACCAGACAGAGACGUGGACAACCGUCCCUGAAUGGUGGUGCUCAGUGCAAUGAAGAGAGGGAGGAGGAAGCUGUGGAGGAGGAGAAGGAUCUGAUUAAGCAAGAGCAAACAGCAUCACCAUCGCCGCCUCCUUCUCCGGGUGAUGCACCACUGACUACUCAAACUACCACUCAUACAUAUAGAACUCGAAGGGCAAGGGAAUUAUUUUUUAAAUCCAGUCCUGGAAGUUCUCCCUGGACACCUUCAUGUUCUAUCUCCAACCAGGCUGGUCCUAUUAAUCCCGAAUUAAGUGCAGCACUAGUAUCUGAAUUGCCUUCUCAGGGCCUCCUGACCAUAGAACAUGUGAAUGCCUCAAGCAUGCCUAGUCAAUUUGCAGAUGAAGAGAAUCAUCCAACAAGUACUUCUACUGCCAGUGAACAAAAACCCAACAAUGACGAGAGAGCUACUGCUUCUGCUGCUGUUCAUCUAACCCGAUCUGAAACUCUUCACCUCACAGAGAUGCUGCUUGCAGGAGCUGAUGAUGAUGAUAUGGAUGACGCAAUCUCAACAAAAAAUUCUUCGACAGCAAAUGUUGGUGGAUACAAAGUGAGGGUGGAAAUUGCACCUCUUGCCAAGCAAAUCUUUACAAGAUAUGGUGACAUUGUGAAAGAAAGCAUAUUCAAAUCAGUUGAGUAUCGUUCUUCUGUGCUGGAAACGGUUUGCAACAUUUGUCAAAGAUUGAGAUCAACAAAGUUUCCAGAUCUGACGUGUCAGGAGCUCCAAUCCAUGCUCAAUGUUGUUAAUGAUCUUGAACCUGUCAAGGUAGACGUCGGAUGGCUUCUCUGCCGGUUGAAUGAAAUUUUUGAAGCCAAAGAGUUCAAGAAAGGUUUCCCCAGCUUAGUGGAAUCAAGAACCAAGACUCUCCAAGGGAUUGAAGAACUGAAGAAAACGUGGGCAGAAACCAGAGAGGAAUAUGAAGCUUGCAUGGCGAGAUGCCAAAUGCUGCAAGAGAGACUCAAGAAGCUUGAAGACGGGGUUGGCACUGCACAAGUUCAGAUGGAGGAAAUCAAUGCAAGUUAUUCAGACACGAAGGACAAACUGAGAUGUUUCUACACGCGUUCUCUGCUGCAUGGUAUUCUUUGAUCUACACAGCUCUACACUUAAGGCUGUUAGGUUUAGAUUCGAUUGCUGGAACUGAAGGUAUAAUAUUCAGAGAUGGUGACAUGGGAGUUUGUUAAUCGGACUUCAGUUGGCUCGCCCUUUAGGUUGCUGAAAUUGUAGGUAUAUUCAUAAAAGGCCACAUGGGAGUUAUCUCUGAACAUAAUCUAAGUCCUUAACAAAGAGACAACGAGCCUUUGACUCAGUUUAUCGUAAGCUACAAUUUACCCCAUGUUUGCAGUUAUUCGUGAAAAACUGUAAGCUACCCCUUAAUUUACAAAGAUUUGUUGAAAGUAUGAAAGUACAUCCUUUUAUUUUUAUAUGCCAUAGUCAUCAUGAAAAUUUUAUUGACAUAUGUGCUACUCCGUCUCUUAUAUUUGUCCCAUUUUACAUUUUUCAUCCGUCUCUUUAAAUUGGUCUCAUAUUAUAUUUAGUGAUAUUUUAUAUUUGGGUGAUUGUAAUUCAUUCAUCUUUAUUUUACCAACACUUCAUCAAUUCACCGUUAAUCACACAAUUCAUUUAUCAUAAUAAAUAUGUUCCCUCUUGUCUCAAUCUUAGGAGAUAAAAGUAGUAAUCCCUUCGUCCCGCUAAGAUUGUCUCGUUAUUACUUUUUGAGAAAUCCCACAAAGAAUGUCUCAUACCAAAUUUAAUAAAGUUUGUUUGGCUCUAAAUAAUUCUUACUUUAUCAAUUCAAUAUCAACCACAUAAUUUCAUUUUUCUUAGGGAAAACUAUCAAAUAAGUCCACAUACUAUGCCGAAAAAGUCGAUUAGACCCUCGUACUUUAGAAACACUCAAUUAAGUCCUCAAACUAUUAAAAAACGUUCAAUUAAGCCCUUUUGGUCGGUAAGUAACCGGUUUCCCGGUUAAACGGCGACGAUGUGCUCGAACCCUAGCAACGGCGACUGCCGGGAAACGAGUUACAUUUAACUGGGAAACCGGUCACUUACCGACCGAAAGGGCUUAAUUGAACGUUUUUAAUAGUUUGAGAACUUAAUUGAGUAUUAGUAAAGUACGAGGGCCUAAUCGACUUUUUCGGUAUAAUUGUGUGACCUUCUCAUGUCUCAAUUUUCGUGGGACGGAGAUAGUAAUAAUUAUUUUUUAUCUCUGCUUUUCAUUAGUCUCUUAUUGGGCACUAGUUAUCACGUCUUGUGCGACCAAACGCUAGUACAUUGUAAUACAUGGAGACCUACAUACCUUCUAUAUGAAGUUAUGAACAUGGUUUAUUUGUUAUAUACGGAGUACGUAGCAUAAAUCUAAAUUUCAUGAAAUUUUUCUUCAAUUAAGAAUCUUUUGGAAACUAUAAUUUCAUACAAAAUUAAGUGUUUUCAAAUUAAGGUGGUGCUGAAUUGAGUGGUAGUCGCCCCGAGAGACAUUAUUGUAAUUGUUGUAUCUUUCAUUCUUUCCCUUUUGCUGCAAGUUUGCCACACAGAAUGCACGACUAGAAAUUGAUUAGUUUUUUUAUUUAACAUUAUUUUAAUAAACUGAAAGUUGCUCGUUAACAUGACUACGUUUUUAUCCCUUUGAGUAGAUAUCCAUAUUUUGUUGAUACAUCAGAAAGAAAAAGCCAAAUGAAACUAUUAGUACCCUAAACCAUUAGCAUUUUCCAAUAGAUAACGUUUAAUCCUGUAAGGAUCGUAUUCCGUCUCCGGCUCAGGUCUUUCUACACACUCUACUCACAUACACCACACUAGGGGAAGCUUUAGCACAACUCUCUGUUUUUAUCUCACCACAUAGUCCCUCUCUCAAUACUCACACAAAGGGAAAGAGAAGAAGGAGAGCACUGCUCUCUAGAAUUGGUUCUCGCAGGCUGCUCAACAAAGGGAGAAGGCACAAGCUUCAUAUAGAAGGCUGGCAGAGGUCACGGGUGAUAUCAAGACAAGAAGUCACGGGUGAAGCAAAACAGGAGGCCUCACGGGUUACCAAGACAAGUAAUGCAGCAGACAGGAAAGGAUGGGCCAGCCAAGUGGGAAAGUCAAACCACUCAAAUAGGUAUACUUAUUGAUCAGAUAAAAUACCAAGGUAGAGAUACCAAAGUGGGAGUAAAACAAUAGGGUGCAAGCCUCAGCAAAUAAAGUGGAAGGGAGGCCUUGGUAGGACCAAUACCUCCAACAUUCUCCACCUUAUUGGUCCUAGGUGGUGUAGAGUAACAAUACAAGGUUGUGACAAGACUCAUCAUCGCCGGGUCACCCGGAAUAUCAACAGACACAACGGGCAAACACUUUAUUAGGCAACCCACAGUUAUCCACAAUCAAAGUUUAACACGCGUUUACAGGACAAGUGCUUCUCAGCAGAAAGACACUUGGUACCCAUAUCCGCGGGGUUAAACUCGGACGGGAUCUUGCACAGCUUGACUCCACCUGCAUCAACAAUAUCACGUAUGAAAUGGAACCUAACAUCAAUAUGCUUAGUUCUAUCAUGAAAUACAG